UCCCGCCUCCCUCGGCACGGGCACGGCGCGCCGCGGGCGAACGAGCGGCCUCGGCGGCGCGGCUGCCGCCGGUGCCCCCCACAGGGCUCGGCGGAGGAGGAGGAUGGCGGCGGUCCCGGCGGCGGCGGCGGGGUCGAGCGGCCGCACGGCGGGAGCCAGCACCGUCCCGAGCAGCUCAUGGUGGCGCCCCAGACCCGCGAGCAGCGGCCGCGCCGGGGCCGCCAGCUGAGCCGGAUCCCGGCGGGCGGCUCUCCCCCCCACCUCCCCUCCUCGGCACCGACCCACCGAAGCGACCCCGUUCCCUUUCCCCCGGAGCCAGCGCCCUCUCCCCCCCCAAUCCCCGGCGCGGACUCGCGCCCCGGAUCGCCCCCGCCGGGGCCGGACUCCCACCACCCCCGGGCGCCGCGGGGAAGGCGGCGGCGAAGGGCACCGGGCGGCGGCGGGACCAUGGGCGCGAAGCAGAGCAGCCCCACCGCCGCCAAUGGCCGCGCUCGGGCGUACUCGGGCGGGGAUUUACCUUCCUCCAGCAGCAGCAGCAGCGGCGGCGGCGGCGGCGCUAACGGGACCGGCGGGCGCUCGGCCGGCGCUGGCGGGCGGUUCGCGCACCUGGCGGCGGCGCCUCACGCCGCUCCCGGCAGCGCGGCGGCGGCGGCGGGAGGAGCGGCGGCGGCGGCGGCGGGAGGAGCGGCGGGGUCGGCACCCCGGAGCAGGUCCUUAGGGGGGGCCACCGCCUCGGGGGCCCGGGCCGCGCAGUCCGCCUUCAACAUCCCCCACAGCAGCGGCCCCUACGGCUCGCAGGACUCGGUCAGCAGCACCCCGGAGGAGGGCGGCCGGGAGCGGCCCGCGGGGGGCGGCGGGGGCUCCUCCGGCGGGCCCCGGCUGGUGAUCGGCUCGCUGCCCGCUCACCUCUCGCCGCACCUGUUCGGAGGAACAAGAUUCAAGUGCCCCGUAUGUUCAAAAUUUGUAUCUUCUGAUGAAAUGGAUUUACAUCUUGUGAUGUGUUUGACAAAACCAAGGAUAACCUACAAUGAGGAUGUGCUGAGUAAAGAUGCUGGGGAGUGUGCAAUAUGCCUGGAAGAGCUGCAGCAAGGAGAUACUAUAGCUCGGCUGCCUUGCCUCUGCAUAUAUCAUAAAGGCUGCAUAGAUGAAUGGUUUGAAGUAAAUAGAUCUUGCCCUGAGCACCCAUCAGAUUAAGACAAGAUUCAUGUUUUUAGCUGCUUCCACUGAUGAGAAAACAGAGGAGAUGUGAGGUUCCCUCGCCGAACACAGCGUGCCUGGCUUGAGACUUACUGUUCUUGGUGGCUGAAGAAGGCAAAGGUGGACAGUGACACGGGGAAGGCGUUGCAGGCGCUGGUUGCUCGCCAGUAGCGCUCGGUAAACCAAACGCUCACGCCAAGGACGCACGGGGAUUUUGAAAAUGCUGCACAUUCUGUAACAAUCAACUCCCCGCAGACAUUACUGACGCUGUUUUGUAUGGAAGGCCAAAGUUCCUAAUUUCAGCCUAACUUCUGGUUCUGUGGAGAGGCGGGAUGUUGGGCGCGUUUCCCGCUGCCCCGGGUGGAAGCGGGGACGUUCGAUACGUGCUCGCUGAGACCCUUGCAGGAGGGUGGCCCCGGUUUUGAGUGGGAACAUUUUCACCUUCUCGUCGGCUGAAGAAGAGUAAAUGGCAAACUAAAUAUAAUCUAACAGUGUGACCUUAAUUUACUGAAUUCACACCCUGUUUUAUGUUCUUCACUUUUUUCAGGAACAGAAAACAUAAACUCCUCUGCAUAGGAAUAUUAUAUUUCAAAAUUUUGUAACUAAACCUUUGUCACAAUGCAGUCCAAAGAGUAAAACCAAGAGAGGUAACUAAUUUAUAUCGAUCAAGCUAUAGGAAUUGUUGAAAUCUGCACACUGUAUUGCUAUUUAAGUAACUAAAACUUCUCUUUUACUGCUUGUGAGUAAAAACAACAACAAAAAAAAAUGCAGCAAAGCAAAAUCUUACAGCUAUGCAACUUUUUUUUAAAUAGUAAAAAAAAAAAAAAAAAAAAAGAAGAAUUACCAAUUUUAAGUGCUGCCAGUUAAGGUAAUUUGUUUAACGGGUAUUUUUUUAGAAAUGUUUCAGGUAAUUAUUUUAUUGUACUACUCUCAUCUCCAAGCUGCCUCCUGAGGUGUAAAUGAAUAACGGCAAGCGUGGGCACAGCAAGAGGUUUUUAUAGGCAUGGGUGAGAUAACAUCGAGGUUGGAUUUGUGUUCUAAAAUGCGCAAAUUUUUGUUUCCUUGUUUGAAUGUUUUUUUAAUGGCAAAAUCUGUAGUACUUUGCAUCUAAAUCUUUGAUAUCUUCAUGUGGAGACCAGCAUUUGAUAGUGGGGUGUGGGUUUUGGUUUGUUUUUUUUUUUUAAAUGCACCUGCAUUUGUUUAAUUUAUUAUUAUAUUACUGUAUUAUAUUGGUAUAGCCAGGGCUCCACAAAACACAAGAUGUCUCUAGGAGGGGCACACCAAGUAAAACUGUGGAUAAGUAUUAGUUCCCAUAAAGUAUCGCAGUUCAAAAAAAAAAAAAAAAAACAAAACAAACAAAACAACCAACCAAAAAACAAAACAAAACAAAAAAAACCCAAACAAACAAAAAAAAAACACGGGGGAAAAAAAAGGACAAAAACUGGAACAGAUAUCAGGGCUUAAAAGCAUACUUUUUAUAUCAAGAAUUAAUCGUGGUAGUUUCUGAAUUUCACAGCACAGGGAAAAGUUUAUGAAUAUUUAUUAGUGAGCAUUUUUAGCAGGCUUCAGUAGUUAAAAUAAAUUGCACAAUGUUUCAAAUAUUUUUCUUGUACAUACAUAAUUCUGCUUUUUUUUUUGUUUAAGUACAUAAUUCUCUCUGUUGCUGCUGUGAUUCAUAUCAAAAAGGGCAAAGAACAGGAGCAACUGCUGCUAUCUGGAGAACAAGUGCAGUGCGUGUUACUAAACUCUCCUAUCUUGCUUGCAGAGCAAUUCUUGCCUGGAUAACAUUUUCUCCUGAAUGUUGCUCUGUAAAAAGCCUUUGUUAUGCUGCGAAUCUAAAGGAGUUCAGACUGGAUAAUUGUCGUAAUUGCCAGCGCAGUUUCUACAUUUUUGGGCUUGCAUCACUGGUUUCAGCUGAACAUGUAACUGCGUGGGCCCUGUUCUAUUCUCUUUUUCAGUGGGAGCAGAAUCAUUUUGUUACACUUUCAAUUCUGUAGUCUCAUCAAAUGUGCAGUCAUUCCCUGUACAGGUUCCUUUUUAGCCAAGAAUAUUUGUGUUGCCUUGUGUUAUCAUGGGGGGGGAGGGAGGGGAUGAGGAAUUACAGCACCUGUAAUAGUCGAAUAGUGGUGUUGCCUGCAGGCCCACUUUUCCAAUGUUUUGAAUUUCUGCUAUCUUCUGAAAGCAAAGCUUUUGCAUUUGCAUUGAUAUAAUGUUCACUGUUUGGCUUCAUGCCUACAGAAACGCACCUGUAAUAAUGUAAAGGGGGUAGGUAAGUGUUUUGGUGUCCUGUGCUCCGAGGUCAUAGAUAGCCUUUGGCUUGGGGAUUAAGUAGGUAAAUAUUAUAAACAUAAACCUGUUUACAACUUAA